UUAUGCCUAUCCAGUCUGAAGAAGGACCCAAUGCAAUGACACAGCUGGCCAAGAGAGUAAACCUGGAAAAUAAAUAUCAUUCAUAAUUAUUUCAUUAAAUGAAAUGUAGUUUCUGUUAGCUUUGUAAAGAGAAAAAAAAAGGCCACUUCUGAAACUUCUUGAAUUUUCAAGUCAGUUUAACAUUUAGGCAACCUGAUGUUUGUUGGUUUGAGUCAUUGUGUUCAUUGCUCAGAUGCAGGGAGCUGGAGCUAAAGGUUGGAAAAGUGUUUCGUCUCUAUUCACCAAGGAGGAUGAACACCAGCUUCUGGAGGCAGACAACCAGCCGGCAGCUGAUCAUCCACUGGCAGUGAAGCCAGAAGAGCCUGCUCGACCCAACAAGCGCAGCACUGGAUUCUGGGAUAACUUUGCCACUAAGUGGCAUCAAGCUGCUGCGAUGAGGCAAGCGGAGGCAGGAGGUGACGGCGGUGAGGAGGUGGGCAACGAGAGCGGGGCGAGAGCAGAAGACGGAGAAAACCAGGUCGAGCAGGAGGCCGAGGCGGGCGACAGCGGCACGGGAAACAGCUUCUCCAAAUACACCACGCUCGGAGAAGAGAGUGAAGACACACCGGCCUUCAAGUGGAACUUUGUCACCAGCAAACUGGCUGAGCUGAAGACCAGAAGCAUGGCCAAGAGUAACUAGCCAACAGAGAGAGCAGGUGAUCUCAGUUCAGACCACAUGGGCCACAGUUCUCCAUAUGAGCCGUAUCACACAGCUGUGCGGUGAUUUCACCAAACCAGUCUAAAAGCAUCGACUGUGACCGACACUGUGGCCUCUCUGGGCUUGAACUGGUUGACAUUCAUGUGGAAACCGCUGGUUAUGGGAAACGUCUGUUCGGUAAAGGUGAUGUGUGUAUUUUUACUGAUAAAACACUGAAAUUUGCUUUAUUGCAAUUCCAUUUGGUGCAGAAAAAAUUGCACUUCUCUUAAAAAAAAAUAACACUAUUAAAAAAAUCAGGGAAGCAUGAGAAUAAAGUGUUUAUAUAUAGAUAUAAAGUUUAUAUAGCUUGAUGGAAAAAGUUCUGACCUGAGCAUAUUUGUCAUAAAUAAUCACUAAAAUAAAAUAAUCAAGUGUUGUUAAGUGAAAAUAGUUUCUUAGAAAGAAGGUUAGUUUUAGUAAUAAUGCCUAGAAAUACCCUUGCAACCAUCA